AUGGCCUCCGCCAUUUUUUUUCUAGAUUUGAAAGGCAAGACACUAUUGGCCAGGAAUUAUAGAGGAGAUAUACCCAUGUCUGCCGUCGAGAAGUUUCCUAUUCUUUUGAGUGAAGCCGAAGAAGAGAGUUCUGCCGUCCCACCCUGUUUCUCUGACGAAGGCAUCAAUUACUUGUAUAUUCGACACAGCAAUCUUUAUCUACUUGCGCUCACCAAGCGCAAUACAAACGCUGCGGAAAUUCUCCUCUUUCUGCACAAAAUUGUCGAAGUAUUUACGGAGUACUUCAAGGAACUAGAAGAAGAAUCCAUUAGAGACAAUUUUGUCAUCAUCUAUGAGCUCUUGGAUGAAAUGAUGGAUUUUGGGUAUCCUCAAACUACCGAAUCAAAGAUCCUGCAGGAAUACAUCACACAAGAAUCACACAAACUAGAAAUACAAGCACGACCACCUAUAGCGGUAACUAAUGCUGUUUCAUGGCGAUCGGAAGGAAUUCGGUAUAGAAAAAAUGAAGUCUUUCUAGACGUGGUGGAGUCACUAAAUCUUCUCGUUUCAUCUAAUGGUAACGUGCUACGCUCAGAAAUUCUAGGUGCCAUUAAAAUGAAAUGCUAUCUAUCUGGAAUGCCUGAAUUAAGGCUGGGUCUAAAUGACAAAGUUAUGUUCGAAACAACAGGCCGGGCAACGCGAGGGAAAGCAAUCGAAAUGGAGGAUGUCAAGUUUCAUCAGUGUGUACGGCUGUCCCGCUUCGAAAAUGAUCGUACAAUAUCGUUUAUCCCUCCUGAUGGCGAGUUUGAGCUCAUGUCAUACCGUCUUAACACUCAAGUAAAGCCCCUAAUAUGGGUCGAGUGUAUUGUAGAGUCUCAUUCUGGCAGUAGGAUCGAAUACAUGCUUAAAGCUAAAGCGCAAUUCAAACGACGAAGUACAGCAAACAACGUGGAAAUUUUAGUGCCUGUACCAGAAGACGCCGAUAGCCCACGAUUUCGCACGAACAUAGGCAGUGUUCACUAUGCCCCAGAAAAAAGUGCUAUUGUGUGGAAAAUAAAGCAAUUUGGCGGUAAUAAAGAAUUUUUGAUGAGGGCGGAAUUGGGCUUACCAAGUGUGAAGGGUGAUGAUGAGCAUGGUGGUGGCAUGACGGGUGGUUUUGGAGGAAGUAUGGGUGGGGUGGGAGGAAAAGGUGCAAAACGACCAAUUGGCGUUAAGUUUGAGAUUCCUUACUUCACUACCAGCGGGAUUCAAGUACGGUACUUGAAGAUUAUCGAGCCAAAGCUUCAGUAUCCCUCGCUUCCAUGGGUUCGAUACAUUACACAAUCCGGUGAUAUUGCUGUUCGACUGCCAGAAGUUAGCUAA